AGCGGUAAUAACAGCAGCUUACCUGAGUAAUGUGUCCAACACUGGUCAGUUCUAGUUCAACUAGAUCAUUAAGGACAAACUGAGAUCCAGCCAAAACUCCCUCUACUUUGCAGGAACCAACAUGGGACGCCAGAAGGAUUUUGUCAACAAAUGUAACCAGAUGCUGAGACUGAGGAACAAGCUGCUGAGACAGGCGCUUUCUGAGUGUCUGGGGACUCUCAUCCUGGUGAUGUUCGGCUGUGGUUCUGUGGCUCAGGUGGUGCUCAGCAAGGGGUCCCAUGGGCAAUUUUUGACCGUCAAUCUGGCCUUCGGAUUUGCCGUGAUGCUAGGGAUUCUAAUAUCCGGCCAAGUGUCAGGUGGCCACUUGAAUCCGGCAGUGACCUUUGCUCUGUGCAUCUUGGCAAGAGAACCUUGGGUCAAGUUCCCUGUCUACAGCAUUGCCCAGACCUUGGGAGCCUUCCUCGGCGCCGGCAUCAUCUAUGGCUUGUAUUAUGAUGCUAUUUGGUACUUUGCAAAUGACCAGCUCUAUGUAACGGGUGAAAACGGCACAGCGGGCAUCUUCACCACAUUUCCAUCAGACCAUCUCACGCUUAUGAAUGGGUUUUUUGAUCAGUUCAUCGGAACUGCAGCUCUGGUUGUCUGUGUUCUGGCCAUUGUUGACCCAAACAAUAACCCCAUCCCUCGUGGGCUGGAAGCCUUCACUGUAGGAUUUGUCGUCCUUGUCAUUGGAACUUCCAUGGGCUUCAACUCCGGCUAUGCUGUCAACCCUGCCAGGGACUUUGGCCCUCGACUCUUCACAUCUCUGGCUGGAUGGGGCACUGAAGUCUUCUGGGCUGGAAACCAGUGGUGGUGGGUGCCUAUUGUCUCACCCUUACUAGGAGCGUUUGCCGGAGUCUUAGUCUAUCAGCUGAUGAUCGGAUGCCACAUCGAGCCUGUACCUCAAUCCACCGAACAAGAAAACAUCAAACUGGCAGAUGUCAAACCCAAAGACAGAAUCUGAUUCAGCUGAAACAAAGGGACUGGCUAUAUUUCAAAGAUACGGCAAGCAAAUAAGAAGGAAUUCUCAAGCCUUACUGCACUCCAUGAGUCAUCACUUAGCUUCUCUGUCUAUGUUAUCAGCUCUUAGCAUGUGCAAAUAUACAAUUCCUUUUUGUAUAGAGAUGCCUUCCUCUAACAUGCAGUAAUAACGUCUUCCAGUGUCAUGGGGUUAUGCAUAUUCCAAUGUCACGGUGGUAUAUCUUCUCUUGUCAUGGAGAUGUAUUUUGCAGUGUUGUGGAGAUAUACCCUUCAAUGUCAUGGAGAUGCGUCUUCCAGUUGAGACAUACUUAUCCAUGUCCACAUACAUUCUCCUGUGUCUUAGAGAUAUGUCUUACAAGAACAUGGAGAUGCCUCUUCCAUAAAGAUAUGCCUUCCAAGUCUUUCUUUUUAGUCAUAACGUCUUAUAUUGACAUCUUCUAUUGCCUUGCAUUGUACAUAGCUUGCUUUGGUGGCAAAUGGAUAUGGAACAAAGGAAUUCCAAGCAACUGCUUUAUCCAUGCCCUGCAUCUGACGUUCUGCUGGUCUCUAGUUCUAUCCAAAUCGGCUCCAGUCCUGGUAGAGAAAGAUACAAUUUGCUGGUGAGCUCACAAGUUGAACCAUAACCAAGAAACACCAGUUAGAAGAAAAUAUAGACUUCUAGUUGCACCUCCCCAAGGUGUUUGUUACCUCCGAUUCACGUCAAGUUGAUAGCAAAUAUAAUGUGGACUUAAAUAGUAUCAGUGGGCAUUUCAACAAACAAAAAUGAUAUGCUUUCCACACUGCCUGCAACAUCUAAGGCAUAUUUUGUGCAUCACCUUCCAGUGUCAUGAAGUCAGGGUACCGGCCUCUCACGUUUAAAGGGGGCUUAUUAUGACUGUUGUUUGUAGCCAAUGAAUAUCACUGUGGUGUUCUUCAUAAUCCAGGUCAACAGCUCUAAUGUGAUCUCAAUAUAAAGUCUGGUAAAGUAAGUGGCCGUAGAACUGGGGAGGGAGGAUCUCGCCUGCCGGAAGGUCCUUUUUGUACUUCAGACACAUGUAAAGCUUUGUACAUAACAUUUGAUUGAUGUCGCUUGUUUUAAUUACUGAAUGUGUUUUAUGUGAUAUUAAAUACAUAAUUGUUAUACAA